UUAGUCUGUUUUCGAGUGUCGCACGGGUCGUUACAAAUAGCCGUUGAUUCGAUUUUUGUUUUGUUUUGUUUUGAACGUUCAAAUCUUGUCUCGAAAAGUCCCAGCGGAACUUUGGAGUAUCGGAUUCCUGCACGACCUUUAAUUCUCUGUUGCCAACAAACAAAACAAAAUGUCCAAAACAAAAUCCAAAAAACUGGUUAAAGCGACGGUUGGAACGUUAAGUAUCCUCUGCAUUUUGGGAUUGACAAUCGGUUUGGUCUUCUAUGCCGUCGUCAACGAACCCGAAAUGCCUUUCGGGCCUCCAUCAGCAUCCAAACUGGGCAAAUAUGAGACGGCAGCCGUCAGUUCAGACGCUGUACCUUGCUCCGCUAUCGGAAGGGACGUUUUGGUGGAAGGCGGGAACGCAGUGGACGCAGCCAUCGCUGCCAUGUUCUGCACGGGCACUGUCCAUCCGCACACGUCGGGUAUUGGAGGCGGAUUUUUCAUGACCAUUUACGAUCCGGCGACCAAGACGGGCUGGUCUCUCGAUUCCCGUGAAGUGGCGCCUCUAGCGGCAACGGCGAACAUGUUUAACGGCAACAGUUCUCUCUCACAAAAAGGCGGAUUAGCCGUGGCUGUUCCAGGAGAAAUUGCCGGAUUUUGGAAAGCUCAUCAACGAUUCGGUAAAUUGCCUUGGUCUCGAUUGAUCCUACCGUCCGUUAUAAUAGCCGAGACGGGCAUCACAGUCAGCCGGCAUUUGGCCAACGCUCUCAGUGAUAAAUCGGAUGAAAUUAAAGCCGAGCCGUCCAUGUGGUACUUCCUAAACGAAGAGACGGGCCAAGUGCUGGAAGAGGACGACGUCUUCAGGAGGCCCGCCUUCGCCCAAACGCUCAGGGAUAUCGCCAGUUACGGAAUUGAAUCGUUUUACAACGGAACGAUUGGCGACCGCCUUGUCGAGGACAUUCACAAGAGGAACGGAAUCAUCACCAAAGAGGAUUUAAUGCAAUACAGUGCCGAUUGGAUGGAACCUGUUCGCGUGCAACUCAAAGAUAAUCUCGUCAUGUAUUCGAUGCCUCCGCCCGGAUCGGGAGUUUUAGCCGCUUACAUCCUCAACAUCCUCGACCUUUUCGCCCAAGAAAAUGAGAACCAAGUGUCCGACACGGAACCGCUGACUUACCACCGGAUGGCCGAAGCAUUUAAACACGCCUACGCCCAGCGCACCAAACUAGCCGAUCCGCGUUUCGUUCCCGAAGUUUCCGAGUUGGCCAGUAAUUUGACGUCGGAGGAAUGGGCCAUAGACACCCGGGCAAAGAUCAAUGACUCGUUCACUUCUAACGAUCCAGCAUAUUACGGAGCCGUGACGUACACACCGGACGAUAAAGGAACAUCACACACGUCCGUCCUGGACGCCGACGGGAUGGCCGUCUCAGCCACGACAACCGUCAAUCUCUACUUCGGCGCUGGAUUCACAUCAGAGCAGACGGGCAUCAUCCCCAACGAUGAAAUGGACGAUUUUUCAUCGCCCAACGUGACCAACGCCUUCGGAGUACCGCCCAGUGAGGCCAAUUUCAUCGAGCCGGGCAAACGGCCCUUAUCUUCCAUGACGCCCACCAUCAUCGUCGAUUCGGCCACGGGCAAAGUGCGUUCGGUUGUCGGAGCUUCCGGUGGCACCAAGAUCACCACCGCCGUCGUCUAUACAAUCAUUCAAAAUCUAUGGUUCGGCAAAACGAUUAAAGAGGCCAUCGAUAGGCCGAGAAUUCAUCACCAACUGUUCCCGAUGACGUUCGAGUACGAGACCGGAUUUCCAAAGGACAUCACCGACAACAUGCUGACUAAAAAUCACGUCCUCAGCGAGUUCCAGGUCGGCUCUUCCGUUCACGGCCUCACCGUCGAAUCGGACGGAUACAUUUACGCAAACGCCGAUCAUCGCAAAGGUAGCGACGUUGCCGGAAUCGAUCCAGUCGAAUAGAUUCUUUUUAAAACGCAAACACAUUGCUGAUGUAAAAACAACGAGACAAAACAACCUAUUCGUAAUUUUA